UUUGUGGCGCGGAGGCGGCCCCGUCGUCCCUCUCUCUUGGCCGGCGCCAGGAUGGGGGCUGCCCGCGCCGCCUUCCUAGCCCUGCUGGCGGCGGCGUCCGCGCUUCCCCCCCUCGACGCGGCAGGUGAACUGGAGAUACCAGAUUCCGAUGAUCCUUUAGGCCAGAUGGAUGGACAUGACAGACCAGUUCCAACCCACAAAGGUUACUAUUUGACCUUUCUGGAACCAGUCAACAAUAUCACCAUAGUCCAGGGCCAGACGGCAAUUCUUCACUGUAAAGUAGCAGGAAAUCCAUACCCCAAUGUCAAAUGGUUAAAAAACGAUGCGCCUGUGGUUCAAGAACCAAAAAGGAUCAUCAUAAGGAAAACGGACUAUGGCUCACGACUAAGAAUCCAAGAUCUUGACACCACCGACACUGGUUAUUAUCAGUGUGUGGCCACAAAUGGGAUGAAGACAAUAACGGCAACAGGAGUUCUGUUUGUAAGACUGGGCCCAACACACAGCCCCAACCACAAUUUUCAGGAAGAUUACCAUGAAGAUGGUUUUUGCCAACCUUACAGGGGAAUUGCCUGCGCUCGAAUCAUUGGAAACAGGACCAUUUAUGUGGACUCACUCCAGAUGCAAGGGGAAAUUGAGAACCGAAUUACUGCUGCAUUUACUAUGAUUGGCACAUCUACCCAUUUAUCUGACCAGUGUUCCCAGUUUGCCAUCCCAUCUUUCUGUCACUUUGUGUUCCCCCUGUGUGACGAACGCUCUCGGACACCUAAGCCAAGAGAGCUGUGUCGGGAUGAGUGUGAAGUUCUGGAGAACGACCUCUGCAGGCAGGAAUACAACAUUGCAAGGUCUAAUCCACUCAUUCUGAUGCAGCUUCAACCACCCAAGUGUGAGGAGCUGCCAUUGCCAGAGACCUUGGAAGCUGCCAACUGUAUAAGAAUUGGAAUACCUGUAGAGCGGCUCAACAGGUAUCACCAGUGUUAUAAUGGCUCUGGAGUCGAUUAUAGAGGGACUGUCAGUGUCACAAAGUCUGGUCACAAUUGUCAGUAUUGGGACUCUCAGCAUCCUCAUUCCCAUGACUUGACAAGCACAGAGUUUCCAGAGCUUGGAGGGAGACAUGCAUACUGUCGCAAUCCUGGAAGCCAGAUGGAAGGUCCCUGGUGUUUUACUCAAAACAAAAACGUACGCAUGGAACUGUGUGAAGUACCUUCUUGUAGUCCACGGGACAGCAGCAAAUUGGGGAUCCUCUACAUCCUAGUUCCCAGCAUCGCCAUUCCUUUGGUUAUUGCCUGCCUUUUCUUCUUGGUGUGCCUGUGCAGGAAUAAGCAGAAGGCAUCUGCUACUACGCCACAGCGUCGGCAGCUGAUGGCAUCUCCUAGCCAGGACAUGGAAAUGCCUCUUAUUAAUCAGCAUAAACAGACUAAACUAAAAGAGAUCAGUCUCUCCACGGUGAGGUUUAUGGAGGAGCUAGGUGAAGAAAAGUUUGGAAAAGUUUAUAAGGGUCACCUGUUUGGUACAACUCCAGGGGAGCAAACACAAAUGGUGGCCAUCAAAACACUCAAAGAUAAAGCAGACCUAAGCCUCCGAGAAGAAUUUAAACACGAAGCAAUGAUGAGAUCGAGGCUACAGCACCCAAAUAUAGUUUGCUUGCUAGGAAUAGUGACCAAAGAACAGCCUAUCAGUAUGAUUUUUAGCUAUUGUUCCCAUGGCGAUCUCCAUGAGUUUUUAGUUAUGAGAUCCCCUCACUCCGACGUUGGCAGCACCGACGAUGACAAGACAGUGAAGUCUACGUUGGAGCCAGCUGAUUUUUUUCAUAUUGUGACUCAGAUAGCAGCAGGAAUGGAAUAUCUCUCAAGCCACCAUGUUGUCCACAAAGACUUGGCCACGAGAAAUGUACUGGUGUUUGACAAACUCAGCGUGAAAAUAUCUGAUUUAGGUCUUUUCAGGGAAGUUUAUUCUGCUGACUACUAUAAACUCAUGGGCAAUAAUCCACUCCCUAUACGAUGGAUGUCCCCCGAGGCAAUCAUGUAUGGCAAGUUUUCCAUUGAUUCAGACAUCUGGUCAUAUGGAGUGGUGUUGUGGGAGAUCUUCAGCUACGGCUUGCAGCCUUACUGUGGCUAUUCCAACCAAGAUGUCAUUGAGAUGAUAAGAAAUCGGCAGGUUUUACCGUGCCCUGAUGACUGUCCCGCAUGGAUGUAUUCAUUGAUGUUAGAAUGUUGGAAUGAAUUUCCCAAUAGAAGACCCAGAUUUAAAGACAUCCACAACAGGUUGAGAACAUGGGGAAACCUGCCUAAUUACAACAGCUCUGCACAAACGUCUGGUGCAAGCAACACAACACAAACCAGUUCCCUCAGCACAAGCCCCGUUAGUAAUGUCAGCAACACGAGAUACGUUGGACCAAAGCAGAAAACGCAAGCUUUCCCUCAGCCACAGUUCAUACCAAUGAAAGGACAGAUAAGACCAAUGGUCCCACCUCCUCAGCUCUACAUUCCUGUCAAUGGUUACCAACCAAUGCCGGCCUAUGGGGCCUAUUUGCCCAAUUUUUACCCUGUCCAAAUCCCAAUGCAGAUGGCUCCUCAGCAGAUGGCUGCUCAGAUGAUUCCGAAACCAGGGUCUCAUCACAGUGGGAGUGGUUCCACAAGUACAGGAUAUGUCACAACAGCCCCCUCCAAUGCCUCUGUGGCUGACAGGGCUGCUCUGUUGUCCGAAGGGACAGAGGAUGUACAUAACGUGACGGAAGAUGUUGUUCAGAGUCUGGUCCAGGAAGAGGAAGAAGAGGAAUGCUCAGUACCUGAAACAGAGUUAUUGGGUGAUAAUGACACUCUUCAGAUGGAUGAGGCAGAGUUUCAGUCAGAAGCCUAGCAUGUUGCCUUACUGCAAAGACAAAACUGGACAUUUCUUCAGUAUGCUGGAGACUAUAGUCCUUCUGACUUGUAUAAUCAAUGUUUUCCUUCAGACUCUUACACACAACUAUUAAUCUGAAACCACAUAAAAUAAGCAAUAAUGAUGUACCAUGUUUAUGGACCUUUCUUUCCAGCAGAUAUUAGAAGACAUGAAGAUAUGAAAUUGCUGUUUUUAAAUCUAGGGUUGAUUGCUGUCCUUGCAGGGAGGCUGCUUUUAUAAUAUACUGUUGCUGUGCAACAUAUAGUGGAAAUGCAUUGCACAUCAUGUAUAUCUUGAACUCUGAUUGUAAUUUUUUAAAUGAAUUCUGGUUAAAUCAGUAACCAGAGAAAGAGCUGAACUACAAUAACACAAGGGGUUGUUCUGCAUGUGAAAAGGUGCCCAGUGUGUCAUUGCACUUCCUGUUAAUCUCAUUGAUUCAAUAGAUUUGCAAGGGUUUUAUUCAGAUAUGCAUAAGGUACAGAUAAAGUUCAGGUUAGUUAGAAAGCAGAAUGAAAUUUGUGCAUUUCUCUCAGUAACUGAGCAUUAUAACGUCUUCCUGCACAAAUCAGUUAAUUUCUUUUGUGAGUGGAUGGUCGUUUGAUAAAUGUUUUAGCAGGAAAUAGAUAUUUCCUACCCAAAAGAAAUGACAGGGUAGGCUAUGCACUAACUUAACAAGCCAACCUCUUUUGUCCGUUCGUGGUCAAAUUUUGAUAAAGGGCUCAGAAAUACAUUAGCACAUUUUAUUGAUUGCAUUGAUCAAUAAGGAUUUCAAACUUUAGAUAAGAUGGUGCUAGAAAAAUACACCCACAGCCUCCUUUGUUUUUAAAAAAAAUAUUUUUAGUGAUUGUAGAUUUUUAAAAACCAAAAAUAAGCAAUAUUGUACAGAAUGUGUGCGCGUGUGUUUAAUGUUUUUUUGUGAGAUGAAUCAUGUACAGACUUUGAAAUGUAAUUUAUGUUUUGUUACAUUUUAUAUGUGUGUGUUUUGUCUUCAUUGCAACAUUUGGAUCUUUGAAAAGAAGGCCUAUAUAAUUUAACGGUUUACAUUAAGAUUUGUAAUAUUUUAUUGGGAUUGGAAUUUGUAUGCUUUGAUAUGUUGAUAAAACUGGUCCACACAUUUCAUAGAUAUUUCUGUAGUACAAAUGCUCCCUGAGUUAUAUUAUAAUGUAGCUACAUAUACAUUAUAGUCCUACGCUGUAAAUCCAACAUGCAGACUAUCUAACAAAGCAGCACAUAAAUAUUUGAUUCAUUUUAAAAUGUUGUAAAAAGAGAGAGAGAGAGAGAUUGAAUAAGUACACUGUAAAAGUGGAAACUCACGUGUUUCCCUUUUGUUAUGUUUUACCAUUUAAACUGUGCCUUUUCGAAGUACAAUUGGAUUCACUUGAGGUGUAUCAUUGUGAUCUCUGCAGCCCAUGUUUGUGGCAGGAGCUGCUUUACUGGUUUCCAGUUUCUCUCUUGAAAUUGGCUAUGCACUGGUAGGUAAACAAUGACAGCUCUCUUGCUUGUUAAUAUAAAUGCAAGUUGGAGGCUAUUAA